AUGAGUGAGAAAGUAGAAAAUGAGAGAGAAGAGAGGGAGGAAAGAGAGAUGGUUGAUCAUUGGAACCACGAGCAUCCACUUACUUUGGUGGAAGCUUCUGGAGCAAGUUUUUGUUAUGGGUGUCUAACGUCUUUCAGAAGAGGAGAGAAAUGUUAUGAAUGUAGCCAGAAAUGUGAGAAUUAUGUCCUACUACAUGAAGACUGUGUAGAGGCGCCGAGGAAGAUCAGACACGCAAUGCACCCUCAACACACACUCACUCAACAAUCCAGCCUUGAUGGAGUGGAAGAAGGCCGCUGUUCAAUCUGCCAAAUGAAUGCCUGGGGAAUAUUCUACAGAUGUACUAGCGCAGAAUGUGCGUAUAUGAUGCAUAUCAGAUGCGCACAGGGAAGUGACAUGAUGUAUGGAGCAGAAGAUGAGGAGCGCAGCAUCAUACAUCAUCCGAGUCACCCCAACCAUGAAUUGAAGCUGUUUAGGAGGUUUUGUACCUCCAAGUGCGAUGCUUGCGGCACCACACAUGCCAAAGGGAGUUCCUACACAUGCACUGCACCGGCAUGUCAGUAUUGGAUCCAUGAGAGAUGUGCUUCCUUGCCACAGAAUAUCCAAAGGGAAGAUCAUCAUCACUCUCUCUCUCUCACUUUUCAUGUCCCUCCUCAAUAUCUCCGAUACAACUACCGUUGUGAAGUUUGCAGUAAAAGAUUAAUAUCCAAAUAUUGGAUAUAUCACUGUGAGCUUUGCAGAUAUGCUGUCCAUCUCACCUGCGCCUUCACCAAAUCGCCACACACCACUAGAGAGAAAGGGAUUAUGGAGUUUCCAAUAAAUGAUGGGGCGGACCUAAUUGGAGCUUUUGUAAGGAGACAAGGAGUUGAUACACAUUCACUCAUCCUUGAUCAUCAAGAUGAUGUUGAUUAUGAGUUCCACCAUCACAAACUCAGAUUAGUAGUAAAGAAUACAAUACUACUACAUGAGAUGUAG